GCUUAUGCAUGGUCAAGGUGCGGAAGUGAGGGGAAGCAAGGGGAUGGUGUGGGGGUCUCUCAUUGAGUUUUUGGGAAGAAGAUAAACAAUUCAUUUUUCGUCCGUUUCCGAAAGGAAUGAGGUUGUUGUGAUGAUGAGCAAUUAAUUUGUUCAUUCUUUUUGACCAUGGGCAACAACCAAAGUCACGAACAAGAUGUGUUGAUGGCUUCAUUGGCCAAUAAACGUGAACUGGAUAUAAGCAAGAAGUUAUCUCAUUCUUCAUAUGUUAGACACACCCAAGGCGAGGACAUCGAGGGCUGCCUCACCGAUCUUCCCUGGGAAAUUGUGGACGAGGUGUCUCUCUACGAGCGUGUCAAUGUGUCAUUCAACCUCAUCACCACACUGCCCGUGGAGCUACCACUGCGGCUGCCACAUCUUCAGCACCUCAACCUCAGUCACAACCGGAUCAAGGAACUGCCUGAGAGCAUCGCGCUCUUCUUCCACCUGGAAGAGCUGAAUGUGUCGUUCAACCUGCUGUCGGCUUUGCCUCGCAACAUCACAAACAUGCGCAAACUCUGUGUGCUCGACAUCUCGCACAACCAGUUCCAGCGGCUGCCGGACGACAUCGGUGACAUUCCUGGCCUGCAGAAGCUGAACGCCUCCCACAACCAGCUGUCGCUGCUGCCGACCUCCCUGGGCACCAGCCCCAGCCUGGACGUGCUGCUCGUCGACGGCAACAAGUUCCUGAGCACCAUCUACGAGGCCGGCUCAGACAAUGUGCUCGCUCAGCUGCGCGAGGCAGCGCCGGCACCGAGCGUGGCGCCGCCGGUGUCGGCGCAGGCCGUGUUCACGCGGCAGAACGCGCCGGCGCGCGGCCAGUUCGCCCAGCUGCAGGCGCAGAAGGUGGAGACGGGCCGGCGCACGCGUACGCCGCUGCUGCCGCCGUCGGGCGCCUCGCGACUGGAGCCGGAGCGACUGCGGGACGCCGUGGUGGGCCUGCUGUACGGCGGCGCGCUGGGCGACGCGCUCGGCCUGGCCACGGACGGCCUGAGCGGCGACCAGUGCCGCUUCCACUACUCGGCCGAGUACACACUGGCCGACACGGUGCGGGACGAGCGGCGCGUGCGCUACAGAGACGGCGACUGGACCAGCAACACUGACCUCAUGCUGGUGGCGCUCGACUCGCUGCUCCACUGGGGCGGCGUGCUCGACGAGCUGGACCUGGCGCAGCGGCUGCACAGCUGGCGAGAGCGCGGCCUGCCAGAGGUGGCCGACGCCCGCCGGCCGGCCGCAGACCUGCACGUGGUGCGGGCCAUCGACACGGACGGCUUCACAGAGUCGCCGCACGCGGCCGCACGCCGAGCCGCCGGCGUCGCCAGCUCGGCCAACAACAACCUGAGUCCGGCGCGGCCCGGCACCUCGGCGGCGGCGGCCGACGACGGCUGCCUGCCGAUGGCCGUCAUUUGCGGAAUCCCGCGCUUCCACGACCUCUCCGAGGUGGCCGGUAACGCGCAGCGGGUCUGUCUGACCACACACGCGGCGCCCGUGUGUGUGGCGGCGUGUGUGGCGCUGGCGGCGCUGGUGGCGCAGCUGCUGCAGGGCGCCGCGCACUCUGCGGACCAGCUGGAGGAGGCGCUGCGCACGGCCGCCUCGCUGGCCGGAGAGUUCACGGCGGGGGAGGAGGAGCGGAAGGCCCUAGAACAGAGCCUGCUGGACACGGAGAGCGGCAGCGUGGAUCCGAGCGAAGGCGGCGUCCUGGCCACGCUCUCGGUGGCAGUCGCGGCGCUGCGGCUCGGCUGCCGGCGCGAGGAGCGGUCGUCAGCCGCGGGUCCGCUCGACUGGCGCCGCCUGGUCACCCUGGUUACUCUGCAGGGCGGCCGGGCCAGCGUGCGGGGCACGCUGUGCGGCGCGCUGCUGGGAGCGCGCAGCAGCCUGGCCGGCCUGCCGGCGACACUGCUCGCCCAGCUGCGGCCCGGACACACAGAGUACCUCAGCGGCAAGCUCAACAGCCUGCUGGACCUGAUGGCGCUCUAGGAGCCGCUGCUGGCUGCUGGCUGCCGUCAGACAAACUGCUGAGGGGAAUCGGGACUGAUCGGGACCCGACUGUAUUUGAGUGUCUACUGGGCUCGGUGAGGCAUCCUUGUGUAGGUUUUGCAGGCUAUGAAUGCGGCUUGGUGAAUCUGGUGAGUCGCUGAAGACGGGCUACCGAUCUGGUUGAUCGGCUGGGCCGGCAGAAUAGAGAGUAGGUCAGUUUCAUUAUGGGGCUCAACACCAAACCUGGUCUGGGCGAUAGCUUUGAGGCUAGACAAGCGACUGGUCUGCCUGAGACGGGCGCAGCUUUGUGGUUGUCAGUCAGUUUUGCUGAAUGUUGUUGAUAUUCGUAUGAUUACUGCCCUUUUCACAAUGGGCAAGUUGUUCGCCGAUAAUGUUCGCCGAAUAUCGACUUCUGGGGCGUGGAGUCGUGGACAGAUGUGUCUUGUGAUCCUAUAUGCGGCGCUGGGUGGACACAUGGGUUAAGUAGGUUACUGCCGCUGUGUCAGCGGGUCAGCCACCUAGUGGGGCAGUUUCUGUCGGUAUCCCGUCUGAAGGUAACGGCGUGCUGUGCCUUGUAAUGUCUGCCAGUGAUCCGGUGUUGAUGGUGAUGUAUCACUAACUACGAAACUAUUUUUGUAAGGAGUAAUUUUAUACGAUAUAUGGCCACGGGACUAUGUGGGCCAACAGGGUGUCUUUUUCCGGGCAACAAUCUAUGGGUUGUGAAUGUUCCGAGUACAGGGUGAUGUCCCGGCGAUGCCAGUACGUUUGUACACACAGGAUACCUGGGGCUACUGUGUUGGUAUUGGGAUCCGACAAAGUGGAGAGUGGGGAUGCGAGCGAAGCUAGGCUUUUCGAAUUGGCCCGGCGAUUUGCUGGCUGUGCAAAGCUGUACAAUAGCGCAGCUUCCAUCGCCUGAGUUGGGUGUUGUGCGUUGUUACUUUGUGGCGCGAAUUGUUAACUUAUUCUCCAGUAUAUGGACGUUGUUGGCAUUGACUGAAUAAAUAUAGUCGGGGCUGACUAAUGUG